UCCCGUGCGGCCGUGCCUCGCUCUCACUUCACUCUCUCCUCUCUCGCUCGCACUCUCUCUCCGCGUGGCCUUCACUUCCCCUCGCAUGUCACCGAGCGAAGAUCAAGAAGUCCGUGAAAUGGAAAAAGAAAACGACAUCGUAGAGGAGAAGGAAAUUGUGGUUUUAGAGAGGAGAGGAAAGAAAAGGAAGAGGAAGAGAAAUAGAAAGCGAAAGAGGAACAAGAGGAGAAAGCGAGAGAAAGAAGAAGAAGAAGAAGGUUUUGAGAAUGUAAAGGAUCCACUGGAGAUGUUUGGUAGAGACAUAAUGUUGAUGAUACUAAACAACCUCGACGCACGCAGCGUGGCACUAUCUCUCCUCGUCUCUCGUGCCUGGUACGAUGUUGCUUCCAGCGACGCCGUUUGGACCUCCAAGUGUAAGGAACUAUGGUGCGGGAAAGCACACAUACCUCGCUUGGCACAAGUCCGGGGAUUAUCAAAAUUGGCAGCAUACUCAUUAUCUGUAAUGGAUGGCAGACGUGCUCGUAUCAUGAGGGAAGAUCUAUGUGAUCAUGUUUGGGAGUUUCAUUUUAACAAGGUGGCACCAGAUUAUUGGCGUAAUCUUGACCCCUACUGGAAGGGCACUGGCCCCCCCAUGCGCCGCUACUUUCAUCCAGAUGGGAGCCAAACAGCAGAUCCUGGUGACAAGGUGUGGGGUGGUCAUGAAUGCUGCUAUUCAAUCAUUACUAGUUUUGUUGGUAAAGGAAAGAUUAGGGAGCACUAUGUUAGGAUAAACCGGUGGCUCCGGAUGUUUAUUUCCCGGAAGCAAGACUGGAGCUGGGAAAUGUCCAACAGCCUCUACUGCUACACCAGCAUUCCUGAUGCCGACAAGGAAGGUGGCACUGGACCCGUGUUUGCAGUUGCAUAGAUGUCUUUCUGCUGUUAAUUUGGAUGCAAAAGUUAUAUGCAUAAUUUGAUGUAAAUUUGUAAAUGGUGGUAAAGUAGUAGCUACUAAUGAGUUUUAGCCAGAGGCUUAGUAGUUACUUUUGUGCUUUCUGUAUAAAUAAUAAAUUGCACUGGUACUGGAAGUUUGUAUAUUUGCAUAGACUCAAAAGAAUUGAAUUUUAUACGCAUAAAGCUUUUU